AUGACUUCGAGCUCACACUCAAGUCAUCCGGGAUCCAUCGCGAGUCAGGCGCCAUCAUUAGCAGCAUCGCGAGAGAGCUCAGUGAUCUCCAGCCCACCUACCGAGCUUUCGCAGCCUCUUCCCGAGAAUGUAGAGCCCGAAAACAGAGACCAAGCCCGGACGCCUUCGGGCUCACCUCCUAAUUUACCUCUACCCCUACCUCAAAUGCCAGCGAUGGUCCGAAGAGUCUCUCAAUUAUCCAACGCAGCCUCUAGCGACUCUUCGAAUUCGGCAUUGAUCAAGGAUGAUUUACCAUUAGUACAAGUAAUUGAUCAAUCGGGUAAAGAAAUUAUCGAUCCUGCUUUACGAGAUGAAGGUGUGAUACCUUCUAUCAGAAGCGAUUCCAAUCAGUUGGCACCGAUGGGCGAUUCACAAUUACCUUCGAUCCCUUUAACCCAAUGGUCAAGUCUACCUUCAUUGAACAUCUAUGCCGCUGGAGCUGGGACCGAUACUCAGCCGUCAACUCAGACCAACUCGCCAACCUCACCGAACGGCUUGUGGCCUUCUUCUUUCGGGAGCUAUAACAACAGUCUAAGGGAUUUCGGAUCUUCUCUGGGCGGGGAUACACCGGAUAAAGGUCUGAGCGGUGAUGACAAUGGUUCAGAGAGCGGGUUCGAUUUUGGCAAUCGAUUUGCGAAAGAUGUAAAUGAUGAUGACACCGAUAAUACCGGGGCUGGUGUACCUGCUCCGAAAAAGAAAAGUCAUGCCAGGAAGCAACCUGAAGGACAUAUCAAACGAGCCAGAAAUGCUUUUAUCCUUUUCAGAAAGCACAUUACAGAUUCCAACUUGAUCCCACCCAGUGUCGAAGUGAAACAUCAAAACAUAUCUGUAGUUGCCGCUAAGAUGUGGAAAGAAGCACCGUUGGAAGUCCGAGCGAAGUUUAACGAGCAAGCUCGUUUGGAGAAAGAAGAACAUGCUCGUAAAUAUCCAGGAUAUCGCUACCAACCUGUAUUCCGACGGACCGACAUCAUUAGAAGGCGAGUCAGGAAAGAUCCAGCUGAAGAUGAGAAGGUAGAUGCGGUAGCUGAAGCAUUGAUUAAAGGUAAAUCAGGUGAUAAGCUUGAAAAGGAAAUCAAAGAUCAAAUCAUCCAAAAGGGGAAUGAAUCUGAUAGUGCUCAAAGUGAGAUGAGUAGUAGUUCCAGGUCAAGAAGCCGUCGUAGAAGGGAUACAGGACAACUUUCUAAAGGAGCCAUCCGAGCUCAAAAAGCACAAGCUCGAGCCAAACAAAUGAGGCAAAACCUCCUCGGCACAAACCUAUUGAACAUGUCAUUAUACAAUGCCGCCACUAAUCGAUUAGCCAACUCGUCUUCUUCAGCUCACCCCCACCAAUCUCAGCAAUACCAACAAGCAGCAGCAGCAGCGACGGCGGCCUACAGCGGAUAUCCAGCUGGGGGAGGUGGGUAUGGGAUGUACCCGCUCGAUCAAUCCAACUACGUUACCUCGGUUGGGUACGAUAUCGACGGUAGACCCAUUCAGAUGGUCGCUCAAGCUGCUCCUGUACCCGGUGCUGGUGCUGGUGGGGGAUAUUCCAAUGACAUGUACGGUGGUACUGUUCACAAUGUAUUGUCGACCGAGAAUAACUUUUUAGGUCAAGAUCAUCCUGAGAUGUACAGAUUACCUCCCUUAGAAGGUAUGGUAGAUGUCAAUAACCAUGCGGGACAAGCUGCAACAGGAUACGAAACGUGGCAAACUCAACCGGGAGGCAAUGGUGAAUAUUGGGAUCAACAGCCAUUACCUGGUCUAUCGUAUGAUCCACAUGCGGUAGGUCCGUCGGCAGGAGAUGAAUACUACAAUACAUCGUUUGGCGAUCAAGGUAUACCCGGGGCAGAUCCAUCGGGGAUGAUAGAGCCUAACGGAUUGGAAUACAGAUUACCACCUUUGAUGAGUAUUCCCCGUGAUGGUCAAAACAGUAAUGGAAGACCAGGCGAUCUUAUUGCCUCUCAAUAUGCCAGAGAACAUACCUCCUCGCAUCACUCUGAAUCAAGCUCAGGCGAAAAGGCAAGAGAAGAACGAACAUCGAAAGAAGGUCAACCGCAACAAUCACAACAGACUCCUUCAGGUCAUGUAUUGUUCAACGAGAGAUUGUUCGACGGUGCGUUAGGUAGCGCCGGUUUAUCGGACAAGAGAAACGGCGGGUCUGGGUUGGAUGAUGGUUUGGGUAUAUUCGACCAGGCGAUGGAACAAGCUGGUGAUUUAGGUAAUUGGUAA